AUGUCGGCCGUUCCCACCUCUCGCGCCCUUCUCCGGCAGUCCAGAUCCCUCCUGCGACGAAACAAUUUCAGACAAGCUUCCACCACCUCAGAAGCCGCCGCGAAGGCGCAAGAAAGCUCAAAGCAGGCUGUGUCAAAGGCUUCAGAAGGCUUGAGCCGUGUUUCGAGCUCCGCUGGCUCUGCAAUUUCCAAAGUCGGUUCCUCUGCGUACAGCGCUCUCAGCAGAGUUGGUGGGAGAACAGGAAGAGUUAUUGCCUUUGUCGAAUCGUUAAUACCACCCACGAUCUACUACUCUCGUGUCGGAUGGGAGGUCGCACGGAUCGUCUUCAAGAAUCAACAGAUGGCUCCUCCCUCUGUGGCUCAAUUUCAAUCCUAUUUCCAACCUCUGAUUAAUGUCUUCCGGAACCCUACGUCCAUCACGUCAAGCGCGAGCUCUGUUUUCAAAACCCUCAAUCCGGACGCUGCCCUGAACACCAUUCGCACUGCAAACCGCAGCCAACUGACCGCCGGUGGAAUUGUCUUGGCUCAGGUGUUGGGUUUCUUUACCGUUGGUGAAAUGAUUGGAAGAUGGAAGCUGGUCGGAUACCACGGCGAGCCACAUCACGAACAUUAA